GGGUGUAAUGUGGGACGAUUAUGGUGGAAUGGCAUACAGAGGAGAGAUUUGUACCAGACGAUCGCUGGGCGUUGAUGCGGUAAGUCUGUAGUCGUGAGGCAUAAUCGCUUGCAUAAUCAUUCUGUCAAGACUUCUUCCUUGUAAGCGAAUACAGGCGUAAGUCCUUUUUCUCAGUUUGACCAAAUGUAAAGCUGCACGGCUUUUUCUUUCAAUCACUAAGUAGCUUAGAACACUGCACCUGUAACUAUAUGCAAAUUGUUCUCGUUAUGAAAAUACUCUGGGCGUUUACAAAAACCUCAAGAGACUUUUACUGAACGACGUUUAGCUGGCGAAUGCGCAAGCGAGGACUAUCCAUUGUUUUCACCGUACUGUUGGCGCGUUCUUCAGACCAAGAAAACUCUUUUCUGGAGGGAAGCAUCUCCGUUACUUUGCUCAAUCCUUACAGUUGUUAUGUCGUUAUUCUUUUUGCAGUGGAACUACUGGGGUUCCCUUGGUCCUUGGUUAGCAUUAUCUCAUGAACUUGGACACAACUUUAACUUUGACCACGAUAACAGUAUGUGAAUAUUUCUGUGUACAGUAGUUGCUUCUUCAACAAUGCUACAUUUACAAAUCGAGACAGCGCAGAUAUUCAGUCGUAUUUUAUCACAUGAGAGAAAAAGGUUCGGGGAGAACAGAGAAGGGAUUAGUCGUCGCUAACAGAGUAUAAAGGGGGGGGGAACUAUAGAGAACUGACUGAAAUGAGCGGGGAUCAUUAGAAUCCUAGAGAGCCUUAGGGGGUAUCAGGUAAAUUUAUUGUGACAACUCCAAAAUUCUCCGAAUCCCCCUCCCCCUCAGGCGAUGAAUAAUGUCAGGUCUCUAAGAUUUCUUUUUUCGUUAUUUAAGUUUGGUCUUGUAAGUGCCUUUCACCUCGUGGAUGCGUUAUGGGUUCCUUCAAGUAAGUCUCCACUAUUGUUCAUUCGAUGACUCAUAUUCAGUUUCUUCUAAUCUGUUUGAUUUCAUUCUUUUUCCUCUGAAAAAAUUAAUUAGUCUUCUUUCUUUAUUUUAUCGUACAGGACCCGAGUUCCUGGUUUCUCCGACUGUAACUUGCUUAACAUGACAAAGAUUGACGACAGCUGUCUUUACAAUCUUCCAAAAAAGGUUCUCAUGUGGUGCAACGUAUUGAACAACUGAACACCGAUGACGUAACUAUCUAAUAGCCAAUAAUGUCUUUGCAUUACAGGCAGAGAACUCUAGAUGCGGAAAUGGUAUUCCAGAGCCUGGAGAGCAAUGUGAUUGUGGUACACCAGAGGUAAACAGUGAAAAAAUACGAGUAGCUCCCAAAGAACUUGAUUUAGGAUGAAAAACUGAAGAAUGUACUCUCGAAAGUAAUAAAAAUUGCUUAACAAUUUAACUACCAUGAGUGACCAAGAUAUAAUUUCUCCUUGCAAUACCAAUACAAAAUCAAGCAGAGAAGUGACGGGAAUAAGAAAAUAUCAAUUAGGAGAUUACUAGUAGAUCCAAUACCAAAUUCUCCAAACUAACGUGAUAAGAAUUGCAUAGUAGACAUUAAAGAGAAUUAUAAAUGAGAUCUCGGGAGAGAAAGGUUGAAAGAUCAAAUGAAGCGUUGCCUUGGCCCUUUGUCGAGAUCUACGCUAGUUUGAGACUAGAAUCAGAAGAGGAACAUAUCAGAUACCUUUAUCGUGAUUCUAUCGGGUCGAUUGGAAUGCGGGGUAAAAAGAGCGCCGUAAUAACAUCUGACUUUUUCACUCUCCCCUUAUUCUACAGGAAUGUAGGGUACGAGAUCCCUGCUGUCAGCCAAAUGACUGCCGCUUGAAGAAAUCCUCCCAAUGUAGUGACGCGCAGAACAAAUGUUGCCGGAAGUGUCAAGUAAGAGAUAAACUGGGGUCAUUGACUUUCAUUGCUAUUAGCCCACUGUUACAGGAAGAAGUAGCACAAGAUAAUGCCUGAAACGAAGAACUUAUAUGAAAAUGAUCAAUUGAUAUCAAAUCGGAACGUCAACAUCAAAAGUACUUAAAUUAGUGUGUUGUAUUAAGUUAACUCAAAACGCAAAUUGUUCGAGAAACGAUUACAUGUUACAUGUCUUACAUGUUCUAAAUGGCCCCUUUUUUUAUUCUUUCACCAAGUUUUCCCCACUUGGAACGCUGUGCCGUAAAAGCAUAGGAUGUGGCAGAAGUUUGUUCCGGAAAGUCUGCUCAGGUGUGUACACCUAAUGAUCGCUCACCCUGCGUCUGGAAUUGCGAAUAAAAAUCAAUCUACUAGGUCUAGUGGUGCGUUAAUACUUUAGGUAGCUGUAGUGUAACAUGUGGAGAGAAGAGGCAUUUGCUCCACAGAAAUAGCGAGGGAACACCAUGUUUGGGUGCGCACUUGUCGUAAUUGAAGGGGUGAACACGUUGAGAGAGGGGCGAGUUUGUAGCGGGCAAAAUUACAAUGGAGCGAAACCUGCCAAUACCUUGAAAAUAAAAGAAAUUAGAAGUUCAGAUUCAAGUAUCAAUAGUGUUAGGGUCAGAAUGGGUCUUUCGGUUGACUUGGGUGGGUUUUAGAAAGACAUCAUGAAAAGAAGUUCGUGACACCUCAAUUUCGUCUUCAAUAAAAUUAACUGACUUAUUAUGUUCUUAGUGUCCUCUAGAUGACCAUGUCAAAGACGGAAGCUUAUGUGCUGGGAUGGGAAAGGUACCUUGGUACUCAUAUUGGUUAUUUUUUAGUACAUUAAUUCGUGUGAGACAGGGAUGUAAUAUAGAAUUUCCACAGAGCCGACAAAAUAAAACAAACAAAACUAAAAACAGUAUGUAAUACACACAAUCCGCUCUGUGAUAGGUUUCAUCUUAACAUUCAACACUCAAUCGAGAAGGUCCCAUGAGUGAUCCAGAUAUUUUUCGAGCCGCAUCAAACUAUCAUGUGGUCCACUCUAAGGAUUAUCAAUUUCCCUUAGUUAAAUUUUAUGCAUAGAAGAAACAAAUAGAAGCAUGUCACAGUAGUGCUAUUUAAUUGAGCAAAGUUACUUGUCAGCUCGAUCACACGUAGACUCCGGAACUACUAAUUAAUGGCUUCGUCAGUUAUUUCCAAAUUGGCAGUUUUUCCCCGCUGUUUGUUUAGGGGUUUAAUCGAUGAAUUAAGUUAAUUCCUCUCAGUCAUAAAGACCCUGCAUUUUAGUUUGUGGUGAAAAUGAAAAGUAGAGGAAACGUUUUAUCACAUUCUUUCGCAGUCAUUUUGUUAUCAUGGAAAAUGUGCAGCAUCAGGGGAUUUUCAAUGCCGAGCUCUUUGGGGAGCAGGUAUGAGCGUGCCAUUAAUUGAAAGAAAUAAUAUUGCAUAUUACUUUGUGAAUGAAUGUUUCAUAUUUUGAUUGAUGCCCAUAAUUUAUUUCUUACUGCAUGCAUUUGUUUUAAUAGGUGCUUCAAGUGCUCCCCGCGCCUGUUAUGAAAAACUAAAUAUUGAGGCGCAAGGCUUUGGAACUUGCAGUGGGCAGACAAAUCUUCCUUGUGCAAGAGAGUGAGUAGAUAACAGUGCUUGCUUAAUCCAUCAGGUUAGGCUCUAAAUUGAGUGAAAGCACCAUACUAUAGAGACAACAUAAGGCAACGGUCCGUGGUGCCUUUCAGAAAGACGAGGAAAAGGUAGUAGUGGUGAGAUUUAUCAACAUCAUCGAAACCAACCUUCCUUUUGCGAAUCUACAGGCAUGCUGUAUGUGGUCAGCUGCAGUGCUCUUCGCCAAGAGAUCGGCCAGUGGUGGAUUAUGGGAGUUACUAUGAAUUAAAAGUUCUGCCCACAGGAGAGAAAUGCAGGUGAAACAAUCAUAGAAAUUAUUGCAUGGGUGCUAUUAACAGAGUUUCUUCUCCCAAGAAAAUUUUCCAAACCAUACAUUUUACUUUUCGGCUCAAUUUUUAAUUGCAGGGCGGCUAUUCGUAAGGGAGGAAAUGCGAAGGAGUUUGAUGGAAUGGUCAAAGAUGGAACAGUGUGUGGUAACAACAAGGUAAUACAUGUGUUUGACUGACCCAUCGAGUGACCUUAAGAAUACAAAGAUAGGCUAGGAGGCAUUAACGAGUGCUGUAUUGGAGUUAAGAUUUUGAACAAUUUUUUGGCAUUAUUAGUUAAACACGAAGUUGACUCCAUUUUAAUUACUAUUACUUUGCAUCUACCGCAGAUUUGUGUUAAAAAUCGAUGCACCCAUGUUGGUCGACUGAUUUCAACGACGUGUCCAAGAGCAGGUGAUGGCAAGCAAUGCGCGGGCAAAGGGGUAAGGAAACGAUAUUCCAUAUUUCAAUUGUGAUUGGUUGAAAGACAUGUGACACGAACUUGGGCAAACAUAGAAGAUAAAGGAAUAGCAUUGGGUAAAAUAAUUGUUCUAUUCUGGUCUUAGUCCAUGGAGCUCAACCGAAUGGAUUGAAAGUCGUUUCUGAUAUAUCGUGAGAUAAUUCCUAUAUCUAUCGUUCAAGGACAGUAGCUCAGGUUAUCUCGUACAAAUGGUUGUAUACUUCGCAGAACUGCAACAAUUUCAAGUUUCAAUAAUGUCCAAAUUCUACCAGAGCCUUGCGUCAGAUAAGAUAUAUUCACUGUAAAACAAAACGUUCACCGAUAUUUCCAGUCAUUGAUAUGAAAAAUAUAACAUCGAUUGCUUCUCUAAAUAUGUUAAAAGCAUAUUUUUUUUUCGUCAGAUAUGCACGAAUAAGGGAAAAUGUCACUGUCUGGGAAAUUUAGAUCCGGAUACGGCCUGCACAAUAGGUAAUACACUGUCAAGUAACAUGUGGUGCUCAAUUUUUCACUUCUCUCGACAAAAAUUUUAGGGUUGAAAAUACAUUUAACUUUGAACCGUUCGUAACAUUCACAUCAUAGUAUCUACUGACACUUAAAAUAACCUUUUUGAAAGCAGCCAAACUAAAAUGAAGGUAUUUUAAAUGUACUUUAGCGAAACAAGUGCGCCAUGGCCGCUGGGGUGCAUGGUCUAAAUGGAGCCCAUGCUCAAAAGUUUGUGGAGGAGGAAUGAAGACAAGGUAUCGCUUCUGUGACAGCCCAGCUCCAGCACAUGGAGGAAGAGACUGUGGUAGAAAAAGGACAGAAAAAUCGUCCUGUAACACCGACAAUUGUCCAGGUAGUGUACCACGAAACAAGAUUGAUUCUUUUGAUCACUCACAAUCUGAGUCCUCCACCAGGACCCCUCGCAAUUUUGCACCCUAUCUUCAUCAUUCAGUCACAUGGGGAGGGCGAGGCCAAUCAAGAUUCACAUGUUCCCUAGCGUACUUCAACAGCCAUAAUCAGCAAUGUUCGGCGAAAAGUUCCUUUGAUAAUAGUCUCGUAAAAUGUCGCUAUCUGCUAACUGAACAGUUGAUCAGGACCAGUUAUAUGGAAAGCUUCUUGAACAUUUGAACUUUUGUCGAGGGUUACCAAAAUGGCGAUUGGAGGGAAAUUAUUAAGUAAACUAUAUAGUCAAAGGUAAUUUACGGAAAAGAACGGAGGAACUGAUCUUUAGGAAUCUACCAUUAGGGGACAAUUUCAUUCAAAGGACACCAAUUUUCGUGCCGAAUGACAAAAAUUUAUAUCUGUUACCAUAUUUAAAGACACAGUCUAAAUAGGGGACACGUUCGAUAACCCUGUGAGUAUUCUUUUCAUUUCUACAGUGGCACAUUCUUGUCGUCAUCUUUUGACUCUGGGAAAGCAAACUGGCGUCCAGUUCCCAGACGGAGUGUACACAAUCAAUCCUGACGGAAAGAGACCGGUGAAGACAUACUGCGAUAUGACACGUGACGGUGGCGGCUGGACACUUUUGGUCACAAGCCACACAAACACGUGGACAGCUGAUAACAUCAAACAGAGAAAUCCGAAUAGGCCGACAUUAAAUGGAGAUUUUUCCAUUUUAUACAAAGCAGACGACAUCAAAAACAGUUUAAAUGUUGCCGGGGAAUGGUUCGAGUAUCGAAUUGAAGGCCACGAAAGGGGUAAGCUAUACACUAGAGGAGACUUGUGAGAUAGAGCUUGUUGUACGGAGCGUUUUUAGAUUGUGUGAAGCAUCAAAACUCAUAGGUAAGAGCAUGACGCGACGUUUGCACGCCAAUCACACAACACAGUUAAGCAAAACUAAACAGUUCUGGGUUACUUCAAAACAGCACUUGACAUAUCUGUCUCUGUUGAUGGAUAUUAAUCACAACGAAAAAUAAAUAGAAAAGAGUACAGUAUUAUAAAGGCAGCGCUGGAACAAUAACGGGAAACGACUGAGCAGUUAAAAGCUAUCCAAGCAAAAAAAUCACUGAAGUUCAUCUUCAGAGUACUUGGCCUGAAAAGACAGAUGCAAGAUUUAUUCCACCUGUUAUUUGUUCCAAAAAGCAUGUUUAAUAGAGCGUUACGGAAGUGGUGCUGAUGAAAAUUGAAAGACGCACCUUCACUUAAAAGCAGGCUCUAUGUGACAGCCUCUAAUAAUCAUUCCUUUUCAAGGUCGCUGGGGUGGAAUCUGGCGCGCUCCACGUGAGUACACUUUUGUUGCUACGGACAACAAGCAGACGUUUGUCGAGUUGGUGAAGAAAUUCGACAAUUGGAAAUACGACGAUUAUGGAGUGGAGAAAAGAAUGCCUUGGAUUUCUGGUCCUAAGUUAACGACUUCUUGGAAUGCCACUGCCUUUCACCCUUUACACCCUAACAUCAAUAGGUAUAUUCUCCAUACUCUUCUCUUUACAUUUCCUAAGGUGCUGACAAGGAGAAUUUGUUAAAUAAUCAAGAGCUUUGUUAGUUGUUGAUCAUUUCCUUCAUUCUCGUGACCUUAAUGCACGAUUCGGGGAUAUAUUAUAAGGAGAAAAUAGAUACUAAUCACUCUUGGGAUCAAAGGGUUAACCCAAACCUGGCUAAACUGAAUUGAUUUGACAGUGAAGGGGUCGCUUUAGAAAAGAGUCUUCAGCUUUAAAAAGUGUGGGGCUGUGCGAUAGGACUUGGCCAUUGGGGAGAGAUGGUCGCUGAGUAGUUUUGAGAGAAGAUUUGACUGUAAUAGAUGAACUAAUUUGAAAUAAGUUUUAUUGGGAAAUGUAUUUUUUCCAAUAGAUUAAAAAUCGACCAAUUGACACCAAAGGAAGGCCUUUGAACAGAUAUCAGGUUGGGACGGGAUUUAACAAAACAUGCUGUGUUCAACCUCGGUUGAACUCCGCCAUCAUUGCGAACUUACGAAAAAGACAUUGAUUUCUACUGUAUACAAAUUUCUUUAACACAAAAAGUUUCGUUCAGGUUUUUUGUCCAGCCACUAAGAACGAGUCUCGCUUUUCAUACUACCAAGACACUGUUCCUUGCGAGUUUCUGUUCUUACCAUUAUAAUUAAGAGUAGGGUCUAUGCAAGGCAGGGGUGACCACGCCCUGAGGUAGCACAAAGACUACCCGCAUACCUUAAAUCAAGCAAACUUAUUUUCCUUUUUUUUCUGCCGCAGCCAAUUCUAAAAUUUUCUUUCCGGCACCUUGGUUGGACGGCAAAGAUCUUGAACAGCACCCAGUGAACAUUUGGUACUGGGUCAGAGAACAGAGCUUUAGUCCUCCGAGGUCAUGUGCUGAGAUCCAGCUGAGAGGUUCAUAUAGUAAACCGUUGACAGGUAAAGACACUAAGUACGCAAAUUGGUUUUUUGCUUUGUCGUCGUCACUCUUGAGCUUUUUCUUGUCAGUCACAAGCGAGGCCAAUCAAGAUUCACAUGUUCCUAUCGUCCUUAAAAUGUCGCUAUCUGUUAACUGAACAUUUGAUCAGGACUAGUUUCGUGGAAAGCUUCUUGAAUAUUUGAACUUUUGACCAGGGUUACCAAAUUGGCGAUUGGAGGGAAAUUAUUUAGUAAACUAUGUAGUCAAAGGUAAUUUAGGGAAAAGAACGGAGGAACUGAUCUUUAGAAAUCUACUUUUAUUGACAGGUAAAAAGAUAUAUGCUAAGUGCGCAAAUUUGUUUUUUCCUUUGUCGUCGUCACUCUUGAACUUAUUCUUGCCCUCUUGUUGUCUUUCUUAACAAACAGAUGGUUAUGUCAAGGUUUAAUUUUAUCCAAAAGCGACUUUUUCAUUUCGCUAUAAAUGACCUGAUAUGUUGUAGUUCCUAUCUUAGUGACAUAGCUCCUUCAAUAUCGGAGCGCAUGCGUCAAAACCUUUUGUGCGAAUGAUGUGGCAUGGUUUUGAUCGAAAAUUUAUAAAAAAUAAUGGUCAUCAAAGUCGUUAAUGUGAGAAAACGAAACAAAACAUUCUCAAAACAGACACGCAGAAUGACAAUUCUACCUAAUGCACGGAUGAUUACCUCGUCCUUGUGGUUUUUUUCCUUUUUUUUUUUAGAUGGUUUGUAUACUAUUAAGCCUGGUCAUCGUCAAGUUCAGACCUUUUGUAAAUUCAGUGACCAUGGUGGGGCCUGGACUCUAGUAUUGACAAGCGCAAGCGAUAAUGGAUGGGCAAGAGAUAACGUGAAGUCAAGAAAUACCCACAAUCCUUCGCUGUCCUCUGACUUCUCCCUAUUAGGGAUGGCAGACAACAUUACGAAAAUGAAACACUUUCAGGUGAGGACUUAUCAACAUGUUAACCAAUUGACAACUCAUAAAUCCUCGAAGCGAAGUAUUUUUCGGUACAAAGCAGAGAAGUGUUUCAAUCUUGUUGUUAUCAAACAAGGCUGUUGAAUUUUGAAAGUUUUGUCUUCAUAGUAUUUGAUGGAGGAAGAUGGCGCCAAGACUUGGGAAGGAGUCUGGACAGGAAACGCUGGUUGCUCAUUUACCUCUGGUCGAUCAGACGGAGCAUGCGUGAAAUUAGUUCACGAGCAGGGACACUGGGAUGCCAGUCAAGUACAGUCCACCAAGCGUCUGCCACGUCUAACAACUUCCGGUUAUGCAUUACUGACGAGUGCUGACGAUCAGACAAAUCUCAAUGGUGCCAUUGUGUUGGAUGCAACACAUGGUGUAAGUCGAGCGAGAACAGGCACGAAAAGACUCUGGGUGCGCGAGGGAACCUGGUAAGGAAAGUAGUGGGGGCUGGGUGAGGCCUCCAACCGUUCUUUUUCCUCGGACGGGUUUUUUAUUCUUCUUCUUUAAACACAACUAUCUUUGUUAGUUUUGAGUUACUUUAUUGCCUCUACCAGAGAAUUACUUUUGGAGAAAACAAUUUGGAGGUCCAGUUGAAGUUGAUGUUUGCCCUUUUAGACUUUGUGAACAGAAUUAUAUGAUGAAAGACUUUGUGAUUCUUGAAAAUAUUACUUCAUUCCAUUUUUCCACCAAAAAUUACUUCUUCCUUUCACCUUUGUUUCGAAAUAUUUCCCUGAAUACGAUCAACUGUGUUCGCAGGAGAUCCUGCAAUGAAAUUAAAAGUGAAAACCGUGGAAACAAGGCAGCGGAAAAGGACGGACUUUACUUUAUUCUAAGGAACUCCCAUGAGUACUUGCCCGUUUAUUGUGAUAUGACGUCAGAGCAAGGAGCUUACACUUUACUCGUCACCAGUGCUUCGAAUGGUUGGAAAAAGAACGAAGUCAAACUCAAGAACCCCACGAGGCCUUUGUUAUCAAGGGACUACUCCAUACUUGAGUAUGCUGAUCAGAUUAAGGCUUUAAGUGGCGCAAAAAGGUUUAAGUAUCGUCUGGAGGCUAACGAGAGAAGACACUGGGGCGGAGUUUGGACGGCUCCAAUGAGAUACAGGUGGGCGAUCAUUUAACAUAAUUACUAAAGGGACAUGACGGGUGACGUUCGAUUCUCAAUAACCGGAUCAAGCUUGUGCUACCUUCCACAGAGAAGAUAUAUACAUAUAAACAAGUAAUAUAUAAAGGGGUAGAUUUUUCUCUCCUUUCACAAGUCCUCAUUAGGAAUCGAAGCUAGGUUUGUAUGUGACACGCGUCCUGCAUACUAUUUGGAUCCGUAUUGUCGAAAGCAUCAUGUACGCAAAUAGAAUAAGGAAGAUGAUAAAUAUUGAGCUUGGCAAUGAAAUUAAAAAACAUGUUUUUCCGUCUUUCAUUACCGUCAUUAGGGCUCGGCUCAGCAUUAUUUAUUGAGGGGAUCAGCCGUCGCCAAAAGAGUAAGAACUGCCUAAUGGGGGAUCAGGAAAAUUGUAUUGUGACACAACCAAUAUCCGCCGACCCCUCAGGCGAUAAAUAAUUACUGGUCCUUUACCGUCUUGUCAGUUUUAUUUUAUUUACCAUCAGCUUUGUUAACGAAAAUAACCAGCAGACAGACGUUGCUCUCGUGAAACGUUAUAACGUUUGGAGAUAUAACUGGCAAGACUCACUUGAGAAGCGCAUGCCAUGGUUAGGAGCAAGAUCAGGUUUAUUAACAACUUCGACACACUCGGAUUAUUCUGAAUGGGGAACGAUCAUCUCCGAAAAAACAUCGAACAAUCCUGCUCCUUGGAUAUACGGUGUAAUGACGAACCCAGGCUUGAUCUGGUAUUGGAUGAACGAGGGUAAAAUUGACAAAAAGCCAACUCCAGGUUAGUAUAUUCAGAUCAUGAACAUCGCAUCAAAAUUUGCGACAGAUUGCCUGGAAAUUAUUCGGAAAAUUAACCCUUUAACUCACAGAAGUGAUUACCAUAUAACUUCUUCCCAUAGUAUCCAUACAUUACACAGCAAACAGGUAGUGAGAAUACUCAAACUCAUCAGAUACAAUUUAUUACCUUGAUUGCACCUAAUUCUCGUGAUCAAUUUACAAGGAAAUGUGUAGUAGCUAGAGGGGUAAAUUGACAAUCAGAUCUUGAAGUUAAAGGCUAAUAGUUGACAGUCUAUUCUUUUUUCUAGGGAGAAUCAACUUUAACUUGGAAUCUGAGUUAAUAUUUUAAUUCAUCUCGAAAUGAAACAAAACGAUGUUUUUGCCCUGCAGCCUUGAGUCGGAUCGUAUUUCGACUCUUAUCCAACCAUGGACUUGGGGAAGGGGGGGUUGACUCGAAUUACUUUAAAUUGAAAAAUGUUUCCAUUCGAUCCAAACACGAGCAAAUCAUUCAACAGAUUGCCACUGGCUUGAUUUUUCUUCCCUCAUGAGAAGAGGGCAAGUUUAGUUUACCCUUUUAGGUCCAAGACCUCAUUAGUAAUUCUCCAUACAAUUCCUGUGAUGUCCUUUUGGAGAAUUUGGCGUUGGAUCGACUAGUAAUCCCCUGCAUGAUUGAUAUUUUUCUUCAUUGUCAUCACUUGUCUGCUUGGUAUUUUUUUGAUAUUGUAGGAAGAAAUUCUGUCUUGAUCACGCAUGCUUUUAAAGGGUUAAAACAGGUUUCACAUGCGAUGUUUCACUCCAUUAUCUUAAAUUCUUUAAGAAGAUAGAAAAAUAAAUAUAAAAUAAAGAUAAAAAGAUAAAUUGUUAAACCAUUAUUGCAUGGCCACCAUCCAGCUGGAAAAUAAAUUUCGGCUUUUGUUUAGUUUCUCUUGCAGAAAGUCCGAUUAGAGCCUACGGUGGUUUUUGUCUUCAGCCUGAGAGUAAGGACUGCAGUCCGGCGGACAAUACCAGACUAGUUUAUAUAAAGGAUACGCCAGAAUGUUCAAAGGAUUACAUGAUGUUCACCCAUCACAAUGAUAUUCUUACUCAUAAAUGUAGUGGAAAGAAAGUUUGUCCUUUAGGUACGUUUAAUUUGUUGGUAUUUUAGCGCGAAAAUUUAUACAACGUCAAAAAAAGUUCAAAACUUCACUUGAUUAAAAGACGGCAGAGUGCAUUAAUACUACCAAGCAUUUUAAUCUCCUCAUCUUGAGAAUUAAAAUGCACAAGUCGUAUCGCAGAUCGGUAAAAAAUAAAUGACUGUUUACCAAUGCACCCGAGUUUUUUACUUUCUUGCCAUCUCAUUGUGUGAGGUCCUUACACUUUAGGACAAAAAAAAACCAGCGUCAAAUUGAACUUUCUCUUUGCUUAACAGGAACAGUGACCUGGCAAACAUCGCUGGUCUUAUCAAGCACGUGCCAAUCAGAUGCGUCCAAAUUCCAAAGGUCAGUAACUCAACCCCAUACUACACUGUGCAUUCGGAAAUUUCGAAUUUCAUCUUUUUAUAAUACUUUAUCAGCUCAACUUAAAUCACUUGUUAGGACUGUUUAUACAACUCUGAGACAUACAGCAUCCGGAUUCUGUGUGCAUCCCUUAUCCGGGACACCAAUCAGCAGUACGACAGCUAUAAUGUGGAAAGAUGAUUGCAGUGAAGAUAGACUUCGACUUGACUUCCUCAAGUUACAAGGUUGGUAAACCUAUGCAAAAAUUAUUUGUCCCUUAAUGAAGCGUUGAAGAAAGUGUAGCGGGGCUUUUCUUUUGUUGUUUAAGUUGACCGAUUUGAAUGGUUGAUAAUGUGAGGGCGUCUCCUUAAUCAAUGUAAAAGGAGACCUUAAAAACCUAAAUAGAAAAGGUUUAUCUCAAAAGGACUUUUUUGAAAGAGCCUUUUAUAUUAAGCUUUUGCUCUGUAGUUUUUGACAGUCCAAUACAAGCACCUGGGGGGUUCUGCCUUCAACCAGAAAGUGCCAGCUGUAAUCCUGCGGACAACAGUCCACUUGUCUAUCACCAAUCCUCUCGAUGCGACAAAUAUUACAUGUACUUCACUUACAAAGAUGAAGUCCCUAUGCAUACUUGCAGUGGGAAGAGAGUCUGUCCCGAGGGUAAGUUUGGUAUUUUAAGGAAAUCAAGGACAUGAUAGGGCAGUAGUAAUAGCACUUUUAUCCAUCGCAGGGGCCUGGGUUCGAUUCCUGAACUUAGCGUGUGUUGAAUUUAUCGUUAAUUUGCAUCUUUUUUCCGAAGGUAUUUGUCUGGGGUUUCGGCUUUAAAUCCCUCCACAGAGACAAAUACUAAUUAGGGUUUGUAUUGUGUAGAGCAUUCUGAAUAGCCACCUUAAAGUUGAUGCUUGAGUUUUUCGACCGUCCGAAAUAUCACUCAACACCGCCCGGGAAAGGUAAAAGGGUUCAGGUGUUGGAAAAUCUUGGAGAAAAAUAAAUCUAAUCCACUGUAAAACCAGACAGCUCAAAACGUUAAACAAUUUUUUUAAAGUUUACCCCCGGACGCAAGAUCCGCCCGCGUGACUGGAAGGACUGUUUCUUCGAAUUUUAGUUUUAAUGGUGAACGAAAAUAAUCAGAACUACAAACGAUACUAUUGUUACGAUUGCAGGAAGAGGAGUUACAGCGGAUAUGCGUCUGGUUCUCUCCAGUACCUGUGAUUUAAAUGUGUCAAAAUUUCAAAGGUACAGAGAGCGAAAUUAAAAGUAAAACUUUUAACCACUCGGGUCGCAUUAACCUUAAGUAUCAUUACUGCAGUGAAUGGAACAUUUUUUUUUUCUGAGAGGUGAUGCAAGAAACUUUCAAUGAGCUAGUGCAUUAAAGAGGCUUUUCAGUUGCCUUUACAGGGCAAAAGAGUAUAUUUCCAAUAAUCUGUGGUAGAAAACAGAUAUGUCAUUCUUUCGUUAACACAUGUACAUAUCUACUGUUGUUGUUAUUGUAUGUUUGUUGUUAUUUUUUUUGGCGGGGGGGAGGAUAAUUAGUUUUGAGCCCUCUUAAAAUUCUUUUCUGUCAAUUCUUUCAUCCCAUUCCCUAAUGACGUUUCGCCUGUUCCAUGCAGGUUAGAGGUCGCCUUUGAAGGAAGUAUAGUCAAUUCAUAAUAUGUUAUAUCGUUUUCUAUAUACAGGACCCCUCACAAAACAUUGAAACAUAAGGCCUCGGGCUUUUGCGUCCAUCCAUACAGAGGUCAACCCAUGGAGGGAGUCCCUGCUGUUUUUUGGAAAGACGAUUGUAACGAACAGAGGCUCAUACUGGAUCUUUAUAAGCUCAGGGGUUGGUAUAGUCUGAGGACAAGACUUGUUAUUGAUAUCCAUUUGUUUUUUAUUGGAUCUCUUUAUCAUUUUUCUGUUAAGAGACGAAUGCAAUGAAUAACAAUUUGAUUGGAAAACGCGUGCACAUGAAUUUAAGGCUGUCGCUACCUUCCUCUGAACGGACCGGUUACAGAUUCAUUCGCAUAUUAAGCUAAAUCCGUUCUUUGAAUUGACUUAGAAAUCAUUUAACUUGCAUCGCUAGAUUUGCUAUCACCUUCGUUUAUCAAGAUACCAUGAUUUACAACAGAGGCACAAUUUUACACUGAUUUCCUUUCUUUUAAAACUUUUGCUUUGUUUUGCCUCCUGCGUGCGUUAAGGUACAAUUUUCAAUAAAUUAAUACACUGAGAAAUCAAAUUGUUAAACACAUGAUACAAAUGCAUUAAGUCACACUUAUUUUGUCUCCCUUGCUUUAGUUAUUUAUUAAUGAUAAUAAGUGUAUUUUUGUUUCAGGUCCUGGGUGAAACUCACCGAGAUAUUGUGAUUCACAGUCUUAAGUGA